CGGGAAUUAUACAUAAGCUUGGGAAUAUAACCAUCACAUUCCCUCUGUUUUCAACCGAGCAAGCAAAACAUGUCAGCUCAAAUGGACCAAGAAAAGACUCUCAGUGGCAUUGAUGGCCGUAAGCCAUCUCAAAUUCAGAACGGGACAGUCACAGUCGCCAACCUCAUCGAUGCCGAUGAAGCUCUCGAAUUCUUGACGAAUCAUUCUCGUGCUGUCGAUAUAGCAAUUGAAGGAAACGCUAUACUCGAUGAUCCAAAACAAUUGAAGAAGUUGAUCCGCAAGAUCGAUUUGACGAUUGCACCACUCCUUGCAGCCGUCUACUUCCUCCAGUUUCUAGACAAGACCACUUUGUCGUACACCGCAGUUAUGGGAAUCAGGGACGAUACAAACUUGAAAGGACAAGACUACUCGAAUUUGUCCAUGCUCUUUUAUAUCGGUUUCCUCGCAGCAGAGUUCCCAACACAAUACCUCGCCCAGCAUAUCUCUCGUCUCAGUCUCUACCUAGGAGUCAACAUCAUGCUCUGGGGUUUCAUUCUCGGCUGCCACGCAGCAUGUACCUCCUUCGCUGGACUCGCAAUCUGCCGCACUCUCCUCGGCAUGUUCGAAAGCUGCGUCGCUCCAAUCCUCGUCCUGAUCAUCGCAAUGUGGUAUAAGAAAGAAGAACAAGGAAGACGCGUAUCCUGGUUCUAUGUCUGCAACUCUCUCACGAUGAUCUUUGGCGGGCUGUUAGCAUAUGGAGUUAGCUUCAUACAUACGAAGUUUGCGAGCUGGAGGAUCUUUUUUGUUGCUAUUGGUGGGCUGACGAUUGGUAUUGGAGCACUUGUUUGUGUUUUUCUACCCGACUCGCCAGUAAAGGCGAAGAGGUUCUCGGACGCGGAGAAAGUGGCUGCGUUGUUGAGAACGAAACGUAAUCAGAGUGGGACGCAGAAUUCUCAUCUGAAGAAGGAUCAGGUGUUUGAAACUUUCAAGGAUAUUCGCGUCUGGUUGGUCUGUCUCUGCACCAUGCUCAGCUCCAUCCCAAAUGGUGGUAUCUCGAACUUCAAUACCAUCCUCCUCACAACUUUUGGCUACACUUCAAGAGAAGCACUUCUCAUGUCCGCUCCUGGUGGAGCGGUCGGCGUUAUUUGCGUGCUCGGCGUUGGAUAUCUGUCAGACAAAUGGAGAGACAGGACUUCAGUCAUGUUGAUUGCCAUUCUUCCUACCAUUCUUGGUGCUGGUCUGAUGAUAGGCCUGGAUCCGAAUGGAGUUCCAAAGAACAAGGCUGGUCUAUUGGCAGCCAGUUUCUUGACUGGUACAUUUGGGGCGGCUUUCAUGUUGCUCCUUGCUUGGAAUGCAUCAAACAUCGCGGGCCACACCAAGAAAGUCACCAUCAAUGCUCUGACAAUGGUCUCCUUCGCUACAGGAAACAUCCUCGGUACGCAAACCUUCCAAGCAAAAGAAGCCCCGGGAUAUAUCUCGGGCAAGAUCAGCAUCAUCGCUACACUUGGUGCUUUGUAUUUUAUGAUUAUGAUAUUAAGGUGGUACAAUGGUAUGUUGAAUCGGAAGAAUGAGAGGAUUCUGGAGGGCAUGAGUGAGGACCAAAAGGCCGAAAUGAGGGAGAAUAUGACGUUUGCCGAUCAGACUGAUAGAAAGAAUCCAUUCUUUAGGUAUACUCAUUAGAUGAUAGAGCAGGGCUGAAAUUAAGAGGAUGGCUGUGGCUGUAGGAAACAAUUUCAUGUGGCUGGCUCACCAGCUGGCAAUAUGUACACGAUCCAAAAUAUAAA